AUGUCUUCGCCGACGGAAGAAAGCGUUAGGCGCAAUAGUGAGAGCGAAGCUGGAGAGGCUGAAACACCUGAACAUGAUCCACAUUACGAGCCUAUAGUAUCGUUGCCGUUAGUGGAUAUACAUACCAAUGAAGAAGAAGAAGAGGAACUCGUCAAAAUACGAGCCAGGCUUUAUAGAUACGAUACUGGCGAUCAUGAAUGGAAGGAAAGAGGUACUGGUGACAUCAAGCUAUUACGUCACAAAUUAAACAAUACAGUCAGAGUGGUCAUGAGGCGUGAUAAAACCCUCAAAGUAUGUGCUAACCACUUCAUUACUCCAGAUAUACGGAUGAAUGUUCAUUGUGGUUCGGAUAAGGCCUUUAACUGGUCUGUCUUUGCAGAUUUUGCAGAUGAAACUUGCAAACAAGAAUUGCUUGCUAUUAAGUUUGGAAAUCCUCAAAAUGCAGAGCUUUGGAAAACAAAAUUUGCUGAAGCACAGGAAAUAGUCAGGACUAAAUGUAGUCUCUAUACACAAGACCAGUCCUCAGACGAUGAAAGUAGUAUAACAAGAAGUGAGGAUACUGAAACUCCUGAACCCAAAUGUGCUGACAAAACCCCUGACGAAGAAGCUAAAAAAGAGUUAUCUGAAAAAGACUCUGAUGGUGUUAUCUUAAAACUUAAGGAACUCAAAGUGGAAAGUGCAAAAUCAGAG